AUGACAAUUUCCUACAGCGGCAACGUCAUUCAACUACUUUUACGAUGGAAAGGAUCCAUUUGGAGGUUAGACUAUUGUUGGUUUCUCGAAAAUUAUAUGCACAGGAUAAUAUGAAAACCAACAUUCGAUGAUUGGAAACAAUGUAUGAUUUUUGAAACUGACAGCAAAUUUCCAGAACCGCUUGGAAGGAGCUCUUCAUUUAUUUGAUACUCUUCUACUCGAUCCGCACUUUUUACCUUCGAGGCAUCGAUUUUCUGGAUGACGACGACGAUGAUCGAGAGAAAUUGAGAAGUGAGCAAUGGAUUUUACCAGGGCUCGGCAAAUUUCGGCCCAGGCUUUUUGACGACCUGCCGAGGCCUAGACUUUUGACCCACUUGCAAUAUUCCGAUCAGGUCCAGACUUUCCAGGCUUCUUGCACUUGGAUUGAAGUAUAUUGGGUCCGAGUUUCAGACCCAUCGGAUCAUCUGGUCCCGAGAUAUACAAAUUUUCGCAAAAACCCGGUCUUUCCGGUCUCUGAUUCAGAUAUCUCGGGACCGGAUGAUCCGAUCGGUCUGAAACUCGGACCCAAUAUACUUCAAUCCAAGUCCAAAAAGUCGGCAAAGUUUGAGCCCAUAGGAACAAUUGCAAGUGCAUCAAAAGUCCAGGCCUUUUCCCCAGCCCUGGAUUUUACUGAAUUGUUCGAAUUAUUGUAUGCCCAUCAUACUGUUUUUCCAAGUUUUUAAAUAGUUUUAUUGCAGGAAAGUUCGAGACGUUCUGCCGUCAAUGCGACGCGUACACUCGCCUCAUCCCGCUCACGUUCCUCCUCGGUUUCUACGUGUCGAACGUGGUCGCCCGUUGGUGGCGCCAAUUCGAGACGCUUUAUUGGCCGGAAGACAUCCUUUCGGUCCUUUGUACGGUUCUGCAUCAGCACGACGAGAAGAAUCGCCGCAGAAGGCACACUAUCGCCAGAUAUCUGAAUUUGGCCAACGCGUUGGCUUGGUUCGUUUUUGGAUAAACUUUUAGCAAUUUGUGUACGGCUAGGAUGUUGUAUUGAGUCCGUGACAAAAGGUCGGAAAGCCAAAAGGUCGGAAAAAGUGACAAAAGAUCGGUAAAAAGUGACAAAAGAUCGGUAAAAAGUGACAAAAGGUCGGAAAAAAGUGACAAAAGGUCGGAAAAAAGUGUCUAAAGGUCGGAAAAACUGCUAAAAUACCUGUUUUCUGGCUUUUUGUAAUUUUUUCCGACCUUUUGGCAUUUUUCCGACAUUUUGUCACUUGUUUCCGACCUUUUGUCACAGACUCGUUGUAUUGCUCUCCGAAAAUUGUUUGCAAUUGUUGUAAUUCAACUGAAACACGAUUAAAAACGUUUGUAAGGAUCACAAAUGAAAUCGCGGUCAAAGAAACCCGACCGGCAGCGAUUUUGCACCUUAAAAAAAUACUUUCAGGCGCGACAUUUCCUCGAAAAUUCGUCUCCGCUUCCCGACGGUUCACAGUUUGAUCGACGGCGGUCUACUGACCGAAAAAGAGUAUGAAAUCUUGGAAAAUAUGCAUGUAAGUGCCUAAUUCAACUGUGGAAUUCUAGAAAAUCAAGAAAAUCGGUUAAUCAGUACAAUGAUAGCCAUCAAAAGACAUGAAAACGUACGAAAAAGGGUCAUGACUACGAAGCAAUGUUGACUUACACUCACGAUCUCCCACGACGCGAAUGAUUUCAAUGGGGCGCACUUGCAACAGGCGGGCUGUGUCGAUUUACGCGGCGGCCGAUUAAUUAAUUUUCAACGGGAGGCCGCGUUCUUUCUAUGUUCUCUAUACAAUACACCUACUUUUUGUACGCCUGGAACCUGGAUUCGAAUAAUUAGAGCACUAGCUACGUUUUGGUAACAGAAAUCUCGCAUAUCGUUGAGAAUUAGCCGAGUUAUUUCGAUUUGAAGGUUUUCGCCUGGAUUUUGAUGUUUUUCGAAUAGUUUUCGAAAACUGCUCAAGAAAACUAACCGCCAGAACCUGAAUUUUGUGAAGAAAGAUUCAGCGAACAUUUUUAUCGUUCGUUGCGCUCUUGGAAUGCAAAAUGAGCUGAAAUAUAAAGGUUUGAAUUUUUGACGAAAUACGAAAAAGAUGCUAAAAACAUGAAAAACUCUAAAUUCUGCAAAGAACGGUUUCCAAUCAGUAAAAUAUUGUUUUCUAGACGUUUUUCAAGUCAAAAAGAAAAAAAUAAAGGUCGAAAACUCGAAAUGAAAUGCAUUUUGAGACCUGCAGAUUUUCAAAAGUUACAACGACACUCCGCAAUUUACGAGCGCACUGUGUUUAGCAUUAGCGCCCCCUGGGAGACCGUGACACUCCCGAACUCAAAAAUCAAUAGUUUCAAAUGUUCAGACCGAAAACGAGUCAAUCCGAUGGCUGACUCCGCUUCAUUGGGUUCAACAAAUUAUGCGACAAGUGGAAGAGGUACGAUUAUUACAAAAAUGCUUUCUUUAAACCAUAAACUUUCUUUUGAAACAUGAAAAAAAAGUGGAGUUCAAACAUGAAAGUGAUUGAAAGUUUUAGGGGUUUUUACCGCCUAAUCGAUACUGUUUUUCUCUAAUUAAACAAUGAUUGCAGGAGACGAAACCGACGGCCUCCCUUCUGAAUCAGUUCAUCGGCGAGCUCCGCAUUUUCCGUCAAUCUCUGCGCAAACUCUACUGCCACGACUGGGUGUGUGUUCCCCUCGUGUACACGCAAGUCGCCGCACUCGCCACCUACGCAUUCUUCUUUUUCACGCUCUUCGGACGGCAAACACUCAUUCCGGACGUCGAGUCCGGCAAGGAAAUCGAUCUCAUCGUUCCCGUAUUCACCAUUGUCCAGUUUUUGUUUUUUGUCGGAUGGUUCAAGGUUUGUUGGCGAGAUUUUGACAGAAAUACCAAAAUGUCUCGUUCAGGUCGGUCAAGACUUGAUGAGACCGUUCGGUUUGGACGACGACGAUAUCGAGCUGAACUACAUUCUGGACAGAAAUGUCCGCGUUUCAUUUGCAAUCGUCAACCGACUUCAGCAGACCGUCACACGUUCGUUUUUCGUAUGCACAGAACAAAAAACACUGCAUUUUACGCUGAAAAACGAGGCUACGCCGAGAACCCGUCUGAUCCGGGACAAUUCUGGCUCGGCGUAGCCUCAAAAAAACACAUAAAAGUCGCACGGUCUCCAGAGCUGACAAUAUCAGUGUUGAGCGGAAUUCCGUCUGCCGUCUUCCGUCUUCCGUCUUCCGUGGUUUUUUUUGUUCCGUCUUCCGUCUGCCAUUUUCCGUGAGAAAAGUUUUCUUCCGUCUUCCGUCUGCCGUUUUCCGUAAAAGAAUGUUUCUUCCGUCUGCCGUCUGCCGUCUUCCGGGAUUUUUUUUUCUUACCGUAAAAGAGUAAUAGCUUUUCAAGAGCCAUUUACUAGUCCCGAAGAACGCGAAUUUCCACGGGCAGUACCCAGAUCCAAAAGUUUUGUUGCAUUAGUUAUUUUUUUCAAAAAAAAAACCGGAAAAAAGGCUCUGAAUUGACGAUUUUUUGUUCCGUAUUCCGUCUGCCGUCUUCCGGGAAAAAAGUUUUCUUCCGUCUUCCGUCUGCCAUCUUCCGUGAGAAAAAUUUUCUUCCGUCUUCCGUUUUCCGUGUUCCGUAAGAAAAAUUUUCUUCCGUCUGCCGUCUGCCGUCUUCCGUAUUUCAAAAUUCCACUUCCGCUCAACUCUGGACAAUAUGGGCGUGGCGGCCUCGGCCAAAUGGCGUUUUCAUGAAUUGAGCACGUUUUCUCUGAUUUUUGUGGUCAAAGGCGAUGAAAAAAGAUUGUUCGACAUGAAAACACACUAAUUCUUAGAAUUAAUGACGUUUUAGUGCAUUUUUCGCGGACUUUGCUUUUUCGCCUUCGCCGCCAAAAACCGCACUUCUCAUUUUGCGCGCUUUCUUGACCGUUUUCAGACAGAAUUGGUUUUGAGAAUGAUAAAUCACGUAAAUACAAGCAUUUUGAGCGCUCGAACCGCGAAAAUUACCGAAAAGCAACUGAAAUUCACGCAGUUUUAGCCAAAAACCUUCAAACGGAUAAAUACGAUUUGCGACCUGACCAAAUUUGACGCUCUUGCGCUUAAAAAAUUUGUAAUAGCCUAUACAAUCGGUCUAUCGAGAGACAAAUGAGAAAUUAUCGGUUUUUCGUGGAAAAUCUGGCAAAAACCCCAAAUUUCGCUGUUAAAAUUUGAAUUUCGCGCCAGUGUAUCGCUCUAUUGGGCGGGGCGCACUUGCACCCAUUGUCAGCUCUGGAGACCGUGAUUCGCCAUUUUCAAGUGAAGAAAUCGCACUUUUAAUCUUAAAAAAACGCGGCAAAAACACGGGAUCGUCAUGGGUACAUCGAAAACUAAAAUUUGAACUUCCGCCGACGGUCGAUUGCGUAGCGCCCCUAUCUUAAAGCAUUAGGCCAAAGCAAAAUGUUUGAAAAUUUCAGUAGAGCGCACUUGCGCCAGUGUACCCCGCCACGACUCUGUGCAAAAAUGGGCAUUUUGCAGCGGAUUUCGAGAACGACGACGACAAAAUGUGGAAGGAGAUGCACUCGGAGGAGGGCGACGAAAAGACGAUGGCCCUGAGACUUCCCCAACUGCCGCACUCGAAAUUGUCGCGCCAACUAUCGGAACACCCGCCACGACUGCACGCCUACGUUCCGAUUGACGACGAUCGAAACAGCAUUAAGGAUGUGGAGAGUUAUAAAGGAUGUCGCGGACUCAAAAAGGAGAAAAGGCACUUGAAUUGGUAG